UCAACUGUAUAAAUCAUUGCUUUUUUGGGGAAAUAAAUCAAUUGGCAUUAAUACUGGCUUCACAUUGUUUCAAUGAGAUUGAAAGUCCUUGGGCAUUCGCUGAUAGCCAUGAGCUGCGGCUCCCUGGUCACCUACCUGGCCAUUCGUCUGCUCGAAGGAGAAAUGGCGACAUUUCAGGAUGGAGAUCAGGCCUUGAGCCUGGUGGGCAACGGAUCCUGGCUGCACCAUUGGGAUCGUCGGAAGCCCACGCUGGAGCAGUUACACAGUAGCUUUAAAAAAAAUGAGCCCUCCGCCCUGCGUCACAUCAUCCUGGUGCGGCACGGCGAAUACUUCAAGACCAUGCACGGCAGCCACCUCACGGAACGGGGACGCCUGCAAGCCCAGAGAACGGGAAAGAGACUGCGAGAAAUGGGCAUGUCGUGGGACCAAAUAGUAACCUCCACGAUGACACGAGCUGAGGAAACAGCAACGAUCAUCCUCAAAGAGCUAGAUAUCGAUACGAAUAAGAUGAAGCACGACUGGCUGCUGCGCGAGGGAAUCCCCUAUCCGGCGGAUACUCUGUACAGCAAUGGUCACCGCGAGAAUUUGGCCUACCAGCGUGAUGGUCCCCGGAUCGAUGCCGCCUUCCAGCAGUACUUCUUUCGAGCCACUCCGGAGCAGAAGCACGAUUCCUAUUUACUAAUUGUGGGCCAUUCGAAUGUGAUCCGAUACCUGAUCCUGAGGGCUCUCCAACUGCCACCGAUUGCCUGGAAGCGUCUCCAUCUAAACCAUAGCUCCAUUACCUGGCUGACAGUGCAUCCAACGGGUUACGUGACCCUUCGCUGCCUGGGCGACACCGGCUUCAUCCCCGUGGCCCAGGUGACCAACCGGAGGCCGAAAAAAUUAGAUAAUAGUGACUAACAUAGUAACUAGCUCAUGAUUAAAGCACUUCU